AUGGAACACGACGAACUGAAGCACUGGAUCGCCUUUACCAAGGUGCCUUACAUAGGGACGGUACGCAUUCGCCUGCUGGAGAAAAGGUUCGGCAAACUCUCCGGCGCAUGGAGCGCAAGCGAGGGUGAUCUGCGCGAGGCCGGCCUGGAUGAACGAGCUACUCGGUCGGUCCUGCGGCAUCGGAAUAAGAUCGACCCGGACGCCGAGUUGGCGCUGCUCGAUCGGCAUAGUUGCUCCGCCAUCACGUGGAACGACAGCGAGUAUCCCGCUCGGCUCAAGGAGAUUGACGACGCGCCGCCGGUGCUCUACAUCAAGGGCGAGCUGCUGCCGAAGGACGAGAGAUCGGUCGCCGUGGUCGGCACGAGGCGGGUCACUGCGUAUGGCCGCGAGGUCACGCAUCGGCUCUCGUCUGAUCUGGCCAAGUCGGACGUGGUGGUCGUAAGCGGACUUGCCAGCGGAGUAGACGGCAUCGCGCACCGGGCGGCGCUGGAAGCCGGAGGCCGAACGCUUGCAGUGCUCGGCAACGGCGUGGACAUCGUGUACCCGCGCCAGCACGCGCGGCUCGCCGAGCAGAUAGCGAAAACGGCGCCGUCGUAUCGGAACACCCCAUCGGCACCAAGCCGAAGGCCGAGCACUUCCCCCGGCGGAAUCGCAUUCUGA